AUGGACAGCUCUGUGCUGUCCUGGACUCCUCCACCCCUGGAGAAGCCUCUGAAGCUGGUCCUGAAGGUGGGGGGCAGCGAGGUGACCGAGCUCUCGGGAUCCGGCCACGACUCCAGCUACUACGACGACAGGUCAGACCACGAGCGCGAGCGGCACCGGGAAAAAAAGAAGAAAAAAAAGAAGAAGUCGGAGAAGGACAAGCAUCUGGAUGAUGAGGAGCGGCGCAAGAGAAAGGAGGAGAAGAAGCGGAAGCGGGAGAAGGAGCACUGUGACACUGAGGGUGAGGCCGAUGACUUUGACCCAGGCAAGAAGGUGGAGGUGGAGCCGCCCCCUGACAGGCCCAUCCGAGCCUGCCGCACGCAGCCAGCUGAAAACGAGAGUUCACCCAUCCAGCAGCUGCUGCAGCACUUCCUCCGCCAGCUCCAGAGGAAAGACCCCCACGGGUUUUUUGCCUUCCCGGUCACUGAUGCUAUUGCCCCUGGCUACUCGAUGAUCAUCAAGCACCCGAUGGACUUCGGCACGAUGAAGGACAAAAUUGUAGCGCACGAGUACAAGUCUGUCACAGAGUUUAAGGCCGAUUUCAAGCUCAUGUGUGACAACGCCAUGACCUACAAUAGGCCAGACACUGUGUACUACAAGCUGGCCAAGAAGAUCCUGCACGCAGGCUUCAAGAUGAUGAGCAAGGCAGCGCUCCUGGGCAGCGAGGACACGGCCGUCGAGGAGCCUGUGCCCGAAGUCGUGCCUGUGCCAGUAGAGACGGCCAAGAAGUCCAAAAGGCCCAGUAAGGAAGUGCUUAGCUGUGUCUUUGAGCCAGAGGGCAACGCCUGCAGUCUGACUGAUAGCACUGCCGAGGAGCAUGUGCUGGCCCUGGUGGAGCACGCGGCCGACGAGGCACGAGACAGGGUCAACCGCUUCCUGCCCGGCAGCAAGAUGGGCUACCUCAAGAAGAACGGGGACGGGAACCUGCUGUACAGUGUGGUCAACUCAGCCGAGCCCGACGCUGAAGAGGAAGAGCUGCUUCCUGUUGACCUGAGCUCCUUGUCCAGCAAACUGCUGCCGGGCUUCACCACGCUGGGCUUCAAGGACGAGCGGAGAAGCAAAGUCACAUUUCUCUCAAGUGCAAGUACGGCCCUCUCAAUGCAGAAUAACUCGGUGUUUGGUGACCUGAAGUCAGACGAGAUGGAGCUGCUGUACUCGGCAUAUGGGGAUGAGACGGGCGUGCAGUGUGCGCUGAGCCUGCAGGAGUUCGUGAAGGGGGCAGGAAGCUACAGUCAGAAGUUGGUGGACGACCUCCUGGACCAGAUCACCGGGGGCGACCACUCCAGGAUGCUGGUCCGGCUGAAGCAGAGGAGAAGUGUCCCCGUGAAGCCCCCAGAUGAAGUGACGGUUGGAGACCAGCUUGGAGACGGCAGCUCAGUCCUGGACUUCAUGUCCAUGAGGCCCUACUCGGACGUCUCUCUCGAUAUCUCCAUGCUUAGCUCUCUGGGGAAGGUGAAGAAGGAGCUGGACCAUGACGAUGGCCACUUGGGCCUGGACGAGACCACAAAGCUGCUGCAAGACCUGCAUGAGGCCCAGACCGAACGUGGAGGCUCCCGGCCCUCAUCCAACCUCAGCUCCCUGUCCAACGCCUCUGAGAGGGACCCACACCACCUGGGGAGCCCGUCCCACCUCAGCGUCGGGGAGCAGCCAGAUGUGACCCAUGACCCCUACGAGUUCCUGCAGUCCCCGGAGCCGGCCGCCUCAUCCAGCAGCUAG